UAUAUAUUAAUUAUAAUAUAUAAAAAGGCAUAAAUUAUGUAUUUUAUUAAAUACCCAAUUGUCAACACACACUUAGUUGUCAAGUAAAAUUAUUGUGACUAAACCAUUCAAUUAUUGUUGAGUAACAAUUACAAAAAAAGUCCAUACGAUAAAAUGGCCGAGAAUACAACUGAAAAUGAAUCCGUCACACUCUUCAGGGAGUAUUUACGUAUACCAUCUGUUCAGCCAAACGUCAAUUACAGCGAUAGUGUUAAGUUUUUUAAGGGCCAAGCUGAAAAAUUGGGUCUUCCGAUUAAAGUCCACUACAUGAGUCCAAACACACCAAUUGUAGUUAUUACGUUAUCCGGAAAACAACCGGAACUACCAUCAGUACUGCUUAGUUCUCACAUGGAUGUAGUUCCAGUGUAUCCGAAAUGUUGGAAACACGACCCUUUUUCAGCAUACAAAGACGAAACUGGAAACAUAUAUGCUAGAGGUGCACAAGAUAUGAAAUGUGUGAGCAUUCAAUAUAUAGAGACAAUUAAGAAAUAUUUGCAAGAGAAAUUGAAUUUUAAAAGAACCAUACACUUGUGUUUUACGCCAGAUGAAGAAACGGGAAGUCUUUUUGGAAUUCGUAAAUUUAUCAAAACUUCCGAGUUUGCUGAAAUGAAUAUUGGCUUUGUUUUGGACGAAGGAAAAGCUACACCUAAUGAAGUAUUCAAUGUGUUUUAUGGAGAAAGGACUAUUUGGGGUUUAACUAUCACUUGUACUGGAACAACUGGUCAUGGAUCAAUAUUAUACGAGAGUACAGCUGGUGAAAAACUACAGUACAUCAUCAAUAAAUUUAUGAAUUGGAGAGAACGUGAAAAGACUAGACUAAGAAAUACAAACUUAGAGCCAGGAGACGUGACGUCUGUUAACCUAACUAAAAUUAACGGAGGAUGUCAGUUCAAUGUACUUCCUCCGGAAAUAUCUGUCUCAUUUGAUAUUCGUUUAGCGGUCGAAGAAGACCCAAAAGAAAUGGAGGAAGUUGUUAAAAGUUGGUGUAUUGAAGCUGGUGAAGGCGUUAGCGUUGAGUUUAAAAAAGAUCCGAUACGCGUUCCCCCAACCAAAAUAUGCGACAACAAUCUUUGGUGGGCCGCAUUUAAAAGGGAAUGCAACAAUAUGAAGUUAAAAAUCAAUCCUUGCAUAUUUACUGGAGCAACAGAUAGCAGAUUUAUAAGAAACGUGGGAAUACCAGCUCUGGGCUUUUCCCCUAUGAAUCAUACUACACCAUUAGCUCACGAUCAUAAUGAAUUUCUCAAUGAGAAUAUAUUCAUAAAAGGUUUGGACAUUUAUUAUAAUAUAAUCAAAGCGUUGGCAUCAGUUUGAUAUUAUACUAACUCACAGCAAUAAUAAUUGUAUAAAAUUAUAUGUAUUAAUUUAAAAAAAAAAAUCCAUGCAAAAAUACACGUAG